AUGAAAGCCCUCAUCUUUACAGCUGCUGGACUACUUCUUCUGUCACCCAUGUUUUGUGGAAGUGGCAAGGAAAAUGUUUCAGACAACUUGGUAAAACCAACCCUAACUAUUAAGACCUUUCAUGGAUUUCCCCCAAAUUCUUUUGAAGAUUUUCCCCCCUCUGCCAUAGAAGGCUGGACAGGAGCCACCACAACUGUAAAAAUGAAGUGCCCUGAUGAAACUGCUUCAACUCUCCAUGUGAAUAAUGUGACCAUGGGGUACCUGCGAAGUUCCUUAAGUACCAAGCUGAUACCUGCCAUCUAUAUCCUGGUAUUUGUGAUUGGUGUGCCAGCCAAUGUUGUGACCCUGUGGAAUAUCUUCUUUGUGACCAGAUCCACUCGUUUGACUAUCUUCUACACCAACUUGGCCAUAGCAGAUCUUCUUUUUUUAAUGACACUGCCAUUUAAGAUAGCUUACCAUUUCAAUGGGAACAACUGGGUAUUUGGAGAAGUCAUGUGCCGGGCCAUCACAGUCAUCUUUUAUGGUAACAUAUAUUGUUCCAUUCUGCUCCUUGCCUGCAUGAGCCUUAACCGCUACCUGGCCAUUGUCCAUCCUUUCAUAUACCAAAGACUGCCCAAGCGCACCUAUUUUUUGCUAGCAUGUGGACUGGUGUGGAUAACGGUUUUCUUAUAUAURCUGCCAUUUUUCAUUAUGAAGCAGAAAUAUUAUCUUCCCCAGCUGGAUAUCACCACCUGCCAUGAUGUCUACAACACAUGUGAGAAGUCUUCACCACUCUUCCAGUUCUACUACUUUAUCUCCUUAGCUUUUUUUGGAUUCUUAAUUCCAUUUGUGGUUAUAAUCUACUGCUAUACAAACAUCAUCCACAAACUUGGAACAUAUGAUCAUAGAUGGUUGAGUUAUAUCAAGGCAAGUCUCCUUAUCCUUGUGAUUUUUACCAUUUGCUUUGCUCCAAGCAAUAUUAUACUUAUCAUCCACCAUGCGACCUACUACUACAACACUACUGAUGGCUUAUAUGGUGCCUAUCUCAUAGCUCUAUGCCUGAGUAGCCUAAAUAGUUGCCUAGAUCCAUUCCUUUAUUUUCUCAUGUCAAAAAUUGUAGAUCACUGCACUUCUUAA